AUGUCGGAGAUCUGUACAUUUCCAGCUGAUCCAGACAUUGCAGGAAUCGGUGUGUUGCUGUCCUUCUUCGUUUCCGUCACGCUCUCGUUUCUUCUCGCCGUGUACGGCUUCUACUUCAUCAAAGGAAGCUACGUCCCGGAUCAACUCACUACACUGGACAUUGUUCCUGCAGGACCGGUAAAUACCUUGAUCGAGAACUUAUUCCACGACCACAAGCCGCUCAUCACUCGAGAAGUCUUCCGAGAAGUCAUCCUUCUCUUCAGCGACCAGCAGUUGAUCAAUGGACUGGCCAUCCUGACUGUGGCGUUCUGUAGGUUCGAGUCGAUCACCCAGUAUCACUUUGCUGUGGCAUCGUGCUUGGCGAACAUGGCUCUGGUCGUGCAGUUUAUUGCCAGCGACAUUCUCGGCGAGUUCUUGGGGCAGAGACCAGAGAUGAUCUGGUGGCGGGCAUCUGCCUUUGUCACCCUCGCGGUGCUGUCUACACUCACCCUAAUUUCAUGCAACAGCAAAUACUUUCUGCGUUCCUUUGGAUCGGAGAUGGCUUGUCUGUGGAACAAGAGCUCGGGAAAUCAUGCGGUGCGCCUAGCCCCAGACACAGUCGUGUACAUGAUACUCUCGCUUUGGGGCAUCAUAGACGUCCUGGGCCAAUACUUCCCCGUCAUCACCGACAAUCGUCUGUUCAGAGGGGUAGAGACCUGGAUCGUCGGCUGCCUACUUUUACCACGACGUUACUACAUCCGCAUGGAACAGUCCGCCAAUGCAUCCAUUGCUCGCAUCAUUCUACGCGCCGCACUCCGCGGGCUCGCAUUCUGCAUCUUCGUUAUCAGCGAGAUCCUUGGCUCAGAGGCGCUGGAGCUCAUCCGCAACUGGGCUAUGCUGCUGGCCAACGUUAUCGAAGUCUACUCCCUCAGGUAUACGGCUUCUAAGAACGGGAGACAGGGGAACGAGGAUACAUGGGAAUUUGGGCAAGCUGUCCCCAUGUUCAUGCUGAUCCUGCCCCUUUGCACACUGUUCGAGCUGUACUGGAUAACGAAGAACAAGUUCCUCCACGACCAGCAGGACGACGCAGAGCGUCCACAAUUAGACGACGAAGCAGCAUCAAUGACUACAACAAUCGCGAGUAGCGGCGAUAGCUUUUCCAGCCGCCAGCGACUCUGUGCACUCCUCUUCGAAGGCUCGCACGUAUCGUCUUCCUCUCUAGGCCACACUCGUGUCGCGGCUCCAGAGCUUUCCAUAGCAGCCGGCACGAACCCGGGGAACUAUUACUUCAGUUGUCCUGCGGCCAAGAUGGGGCCGACGGAUCUUGAAGAUCAAAUUUAUAGUUGCUUGUGGUUUCGCGUGCUUCUGAGGCUCUUCAUGACGGGACUGUUUGUGGGGUUGACGGCGUUGGCAUGUCUUGGGUAUGCUGUCUAG